CUUUUCCGGGCCAAGCCCAAUCCUAAUAGUUUCCAUUGUGAUUUAGUGGUUUCAGCAGAGCGAUAAAGAUGACAGAGGUGUUCGACAUAAGCCAAAGUUACGACACGGAAAAAAUACUACUAGGAAUAGCCGGAUUUUAUCCGACGAAAAUCAGGCGUGGUCUCUUGGUGAGCUUGGUGUGCUCGACGGUAGUCUUCAUCACGUUCACCCAAUUCGCAUCGGUAACCGUCUACGCCAAGAAGCAAAUAUCCGACGUCACGAAGAUAUCGGAAAUAUUCCUAUUCUCCACAACUCAGAUAGCGUUCGUCAACAAACUGAUAAAUUUCGUAGUGAAAAAUGAAAACACCGUGAAAAUUGACGGGCUCUUAUCCGAUACCGUGUUAACUAGGGUUAAUAAACACGAAAGUCGGAUGCUUCGAAAUGAGAUACAGAAAGCGAAAACCGCCGCUGUCCUUUACAGAAUAUUGUGCGCUAGCGUGGUUAUCUCGUACGGCAUAUUUCCGCAAUUCGACAGAACUCCCGGCAAAAAGAACUACCCUUUCUACGGCGAAUACCCGUUCAAUCCGGAUAAUUAUUACGUGGCGGUGUAUAUAGUCCAAGUUUGUGUGGUAGGGGUUAGCGCUUGGCUUAACUCCACCAUGGACCUUCUUUUCGUUAAACUUACCACGUUGGCUACGGUGUUGUUUGCUAUAUUAAGCGAAAGGAUCAAAAAUGCCUCAAACAGGCGCCGAAAUGAAGACGUUACCGUCGACGUGGCCCUGAGAAAAUGCGUUGUGUAUUACAACACACUUUUGACGUUUGUUGGCUUGAUCGAAGCAACCUUCUCCUACGGGAUUUUCAUUCAGUUCCUGUGUAGCGCCAUCGUAAUAUGCCUGACCGGAUUUCAAAUGAUGGUGAUCAAUUUUACCAGCGCCCAAUUUAUCUUACUGGUUUUCUAUUUUAUUUGUAUGACCUGUCAAGUGGGCAUGUACUGCUGGUAUGGACAAUUGGUAAUGCAGAAGAGCGACGAGAUUACAAACGCCUGUUAUCAUGUCAAUUGGAACGAAAUCGACAUAAAAUCACAAAAAAUGCUGAUUAUAAUCAUGGAGAGGGCUAAGAGACCUUCGACCGUACAUGCGGCGGGAGUUUUCCCACUCAAUUUAGCAACGCUGAUGACGAUUCUCAGAACAUCUUACUCAUAUUUCGCCGUUCUCCAGAGGCUCUACUCCAAGGAUUAAAAGUUAAGAAAUGUCCAGCGCAUCAUCUUCUUCUUGUCUGUACGAUAAUAACCAAAUAAAUUUGGUAAAUUCAACU